AUGCCGAAGCUCUUCCCCCCAACCCUUCUGGAGAGUCCGGAAGCUAGAACAUUUUGCUUGCAGAAGCAAACCACAGAUAUUAGUUCCCUAAGGCACCAACUACAAGAUUCGGUGUUCCUAGGCAUCGAUGUGGAAGGCUGUGAAGGGAUUGGAGAAGGCAUCACGUCAAUAGGUCUCGCUAUCUUACCACCGACCAGUCUCCAAUCUACCGAAUUCCCGUCGCUACCAUUUGAGACCCAAGAGUUUGUAGAUCGAUAUAAAAUCGAGUCUUACUGUUUCUAUCUCGAAGGCCGAAGUCGACGAAAACCAUUUCCCCCGUUUCCCUAUGGAUGUACUAUUAAAACCGCAGACGCAGGCAAGGAAAUAAGACUCAUCGUUGAUAGCAUCAGACAACGCUAUAUUGGGAAGGAUAUCAUACUAGUCGGCUGGCAUCCUCAUCCCCGAGAAUUACCUGCUAUUCAAGUGCUUUUCCCAAGUCUAUUCCAAGAGAUGGUUGGAUGGGUAGAUGUUGUCGAUAUAACUCGGCAAGUUUGUACAUCGAAGCAGGAAGAUCUAGGCAAGACUUGGCCACCUCUUGGAGAUGUGAUGCUCUCUAUGGGCUUCAGCAAAAAUUGCCAACCACAGCGCUACUGCCACAGCGCUGGGAGCGACGCUAUUCACACCAUCGCGGUUCUGGCCCGGCUUCUAACGCACGACACUAACGGACCGUCUUUAGAAGUGCGAAGGCGGCGACCAUUGAAGCAGUGGCAGUAGCGACAAAAGUAAUGGGAUCAUGGUGGGUAAACAACCCUUAAAUUGCGUAUGUAUGUAUUUUUGGGGGGAGUCUUUUUGUCUUUUGAACUUUCGCGGCGAGAUGACUAGAUUUACCACAUUCGGCGAGGAAGCGCAUACUACUGCCAGCAGGAAAAGGGAAUACGAAGCCUUUGGGAGAGGCUAAGAUUGCUGUGAAAUGACAUGGUCCCAACUUUUCCCAACUGCAUAAGCGUGCACGACUUGCAUGCGAGUAAGGCCAAUUACAGGGCUGGAGGUAAAGGGAAGACCAGGAGGAGUUUAAAGCUGCUGUGAAAUUUGACAAAACCACCGAGGUGAAAUGUAACUGGUCAGGUAGUUAGCCAAGCACCAAGAAACUGUCAGAGUGCCCAGUCAAAUUUUGGGACCCUGGG